CCGACAACCAAGUGCUCGAUAAUCCCGAUUUCAAAAAAAUUCCAAAAUCACCGAAAAAAACCUUGACCCCAUGCAUCGAGGACAAGACGUCUUUCACUUUUCUGCACCAAUCGACGCGCAAACGCAUUGACUUCUCGAAAGCAUCUCCACCUCAUUCCAAUUGUCAUAUGCAAGAUAUUUAUCGAGUGUUCAAUUAUUUUUUCCCCUUGGCCCACAAAUUCGGCAACCAGGGCCCGAGGAGUUCCAGUCCAUCGUCUCCGUGGAUUAAUCAACUCCAAAGAAGGUGCAGAAGGAAGAUGAAGGUGAAACGCAGCAAGUCCCUGUCUCCAGAGCCCUCGAGCAGUCGAGAUGCUAAAAUCCCGAAGCUCUCGGACUCCUCGGAGGCCAAUGGCGAACCUGAGGUGGAGCUCAUCAGUAUUAUGGAGUUUUCGGACGAUGUCUUGCUCAAUAUCAUGAAAUAUCUCUCUCCCCAGGAUCUCAUGUCAUUCAGUUUGUGUUGCAAAAGACUCCACAGUGUGUGUCGGGACCGAACCCUCUGGAAAACCGUUGAUUUUCGGUCGAGUCCGAUGUCCACAAAAGACCUGCAGAGUUAUGUGAAAUUUCUGCAACCCCUGACGACCAGUAUAGCUAUCAACGGGAGAACUGAGGAGUGGGACAACGGUUCGCUGGAAGGACUGAAUAACGACUUCAUCUCGUCAAUCUGCAAGACCUGCACUGGCCUGAAGGAAUUCAUAAUUGAGGAGUACGCCAUAGUAAGCACGGAGAUUCGAAUCAUCGACUUUCCCUCGACCCUGGAGAAGCUCUCCCUGAAGAGCAGUAAAGUUUACGACUUGAUGAGGAACAGAUCCUAUUUCUUCAGACUCGAUACCCACAUGCCUAAUCUCACGUGCCUCAUCCUCACCGACUGCCAGUGGGUGACAGGUCACUCACUUCUGGUUAUCAGUAAAAUUCCCAAAUUGAAGGAACUCAGGAUGGACUCGUGCAAACAACUGGGGGAGUGCGUGGCGUAUGCUAGUCUGGCAACGAGAUUUGGAUUCAAAGCGUUAGAGAUUUUAGACUUGAGAUGUACGGGUUUUGGUGACAGUGAGAUCCGCUGUUUCAGUAGUACGAAAACCCUGACACAUAUUUAUCUAGAAAAUUCCCCUGAAUUCGACGAGAUGCACGAGGUGUGGCCCCACAGGCCACGGCAACUACCGAGAAGAACUUACGAGGACAAUCACAUUGUUCAGUUCAUAGCCCCUGAGGAUGAUUUCUACAUGUGGAAUGAUCCCUCUCGCUGUAGAAUCAGCGAUGGAUCAAUCUGCGCCCUUGGUAGUUACAUCUGCGAUCGUGGAGUCCUCGAUAACUCCAUCAGGGACGUGAUUCUCGUCGAGCCGGACAUCCGAGUGCUCAACAACCCGCAUUUGAAGACGUUAGUCGUCAAGAAUUAUCCACUGGUCACUAAUCACAGUCUCGUCCACUUGGCAGCGAAUGCUAUGAGUUUGCAAUACCUCGACGUCACUGGCACUGGAGUAACUGCCGACGCAGUAGCUACAUUUAAAACUCAAAAACCCGACGUAACAAUCAUCUCCUCCUUCGGGUGAACCCUGAGAACAUCAACUGAACUCAAAAUUCAAUGUUCGACUGCCAUGCAAAGUAUUUAAAACCUCUAAAUCCUAUCAAUCAUUCCAACAGUGAAUGAUCUCAGAAGAAAACAUUAAGGGGCUUUUUACGGCUCAUUACAUCCACAGAAAAAGGUCUUUAAUACUUUCUCCUAGAAUCAACAAUUGUUGGGAUCAUACGAUAUUGAUAAAAGAAUUAAAAUCGUCCCGUCUCAAUAUAUCAGGUUCAAUUUUAUCUCUGCAUGGAUGCAAAAACAGCAUGCAAAGUAUUUACUGUACUUGUACAUAACAAUUAUUUCAUUUAUCACAUCGACUAUCAGGAAAAUACUGCGCUUGACACUCGACAUUUUGAUAAUGAAAUUUCUAAGACUGUCAUUCUCAAGAUUAUCUGUACUUCAUCCAUCAGUCCCUACGAAUCCAUGAAAGAAGAGAAUUGAAUUUUUUAUCGAUAGAAUAUUCCCCGAAUAUAUUCCUCGAUAAAUUUUUUCUAUAAUUUUUUAAAUAUAUAUUCUUUUCCCUCAUUUCCGGUUGACAACUAAUCGAUUAACGCGACGAUAAAUCCCCGAGAUAUAUUAUAAAUAUGAAUAUAUAUUGAUUGGAGUAAAAGUAUAUAAAUAAACGUGUUGGAUCUACUAAUCGACAUGCCCAACUAACGAAUGAUAACUCCAACGAGUUAUCAUAAUUUUUCCAUUGCACUAGUUACUGAUGAAUAAAUAAAUGUAUAUUAUAAUGGAAUCGGUUUAAUUGUCGUAUGUGUAUGGGGUGUGUGUGAGGAGAAAAAUGUUUUUGUGAGAAUUUAUAUCGUUGCAUUGGAAUGGUGCCAUUGGGUAUGAAAUACUUCAUGCAGCGUUAGGAUUUAAUAAUCGAGACAGAUGACAACGGCUUUGUGAAGAAAUAUUUAAUAAAAGAAUAAA